GAUACAGUCAGCAGCUCACCGGUUUACCUCAUUUUACACUAAUACCUGCUGCUUACAAAGCUUUAAAGCCAGGCAGACAUGAAGGCUUCGGCUCCCCUUCAGACUGAAAUGAAGGCGAACACAGAUGCCAGACUACAGCGAAACUAUAGCAGUUCAAGGCUGGAAAAUCGCUUUCUGGCUCAAGCACCCUCAGUAUUGUCUCAGCAUCAGCACACAUCUCCAUCCUGGGCCAAGCAGACCUCCAUCUCCUCACAAUGUCCAGCACUCCAGCCAACCAGCCUGUCCUCCACCAUGGCCACCUCCUCUCUUCUGUCAUCCACAACGAUGAGCUCACAAUCCUCUUCCUCCUCUCUGCUGAGCACUAAGAAUACCCUCCUAAUGGAGCCUUCACUUCAUUUUCCAGUCUCAUCCUCUUUAACCUCCUCCUAUUCCCAUAAUCCUUUACUCUCUUACUCCAAAAUGUCAACUCCCAGUGCUGCCCCACCUCUCUGCUCCUAUCCGUCACCUUCAAUGGAGAAUAAAGCGGGCUCUAAUGAAAAGAGAAAAGUUGAAGACAUGCUUUUCUCACCUGAAGGGCUGCUGGGAUCUAGUGAGGAGCCUAGACAGGAUGCAAGUCAUGAAAGCUUGGAAGAGGAUGACCAGAAGCUGUCUUCUGAGAUGCCUGUUCUGAAUAUGAAUUUAGAUGGAAAGGGGGAGCAAACUCUAGCUCCUCAUGAGGAGUUUGGGGUGCUUGAAGCAAGCGAGGAUGAGCAUCUUGUGGAAUUGAGGGACAGAAAGAACAUCCUGCUGAAUAUGGUGUGCUGCUCCCUUGUCAAUAAGAGCUUUACCCCGGGCCAGAAAGACUGGGAUAAGAAGAGGAGUGUGUGGGCCGUUAUUAAGGUUCUGGCCACAGAGAUUACCACAGAAGACCCCGAGUUUCUCCUAAAGGUUGCAGUCUAUACUAGGCAGGAACUAAACCUUCAUAUCACAGCCAACUUCCUGCUGGCACUGGCGGCCCAUCUGCCUGGUUCUAAACCACACUUGAGAAGAUACUUUUGUGCUGCUGUACAGCUGCCAUCUGAUUGGCUGGAGGUGACAAGAAUCUAUAGCACGUGUUUCAGUAAAUCUUUACCCUCCUGCCUGAAAAAAGCUCUAGUGGAUAAAUUUAAGCAGUUCACUGAAUAUCAGCUGGCCAAAUACAAUACACGGAAGCAUCGCUGCAAACACAACAAGAAACUAAAAAAAGGAGAGAAAAUCUCUGCUGCACAGUGGAAAAAGUGGGGUAAUCUUCCUGGACGCACUCUUGUGAUGUAUAAUGCUAUAAUUUCAGAGGAUCGGGACUGGAGUGGCGCUAAUGUUGUCUGCUUGCCCCCUGAAAGCACUGAUAACAUCGAUGAGAAUAAACUCUCAGCAUCGGAACAGGAAGCUGCAAUGCUUUUAUGCUUGAUGAUUAACUACUGUAGCGAAGAUUCCCAAGUCAUGCUGUUUAGCCACCAAGGCCUCCAGGAGGUCAAAGUGAAGUCUGAUGUGCUUUUGGAUAAUGUGAGACAAGCAAUGAAGCAACUGAAGGAUUUGAAUGCCUACUAUGUACAAUCCGAAUGCAUAUCUCGUGCAGCAUUCUUUGCUAAGCUAUCUGAAGAGAAGACAAAGCUGGAUCGUAUAGUUGUGUUUGAAAGUUACUACACCAACGUAGAUUUAAUGGCGGAGAUCAAUAACUAUCGACAGAUCAACCAUGAUACUGUUGUGAUACGUGUGCUGCUCAGAAAAAUGUCUCCAAUUUAUACUUUGAAAUACAAACUGAGCUCCAACAUUAUAGAGCUUUGGGGGUUUAGCGAGCAGAUCCUGAAGUUUGUCUCAGAGAGAGGCUCCUCAAGGAUGCUGCAGCAUGUGGAGCACAUGGACAGAGUCUAUAACAUCCCGCCACCACAGGGGCGCAAAAUUGAACCUGAGAGAACUGCUGAUGUCAUCUUACUGCCGGCAACACCGAAGUUAAGAUGGAAGGGUGUGCGAGUGUUCAUCUCUUCUACGUUCAGGGACAUGCAUGCGGAGAGGGAUGUUCUUGUGCGUAGCGUGUUUCCCGAGCUCAGGAGACGAGCUGCUCUGCACUACCUCUACCUGCAGGAAGUGGAGCUGCGCUGGGGCGUCACAGAGGAGGAGUCUAACCGUGCUGUGGAGCUCUGUCUGUGGGAGGUCUGCCGCAGCCAGCUGCUGCUCGGGAUUCUGGGAGAGAGAUACGGCCUUGUGCCGCCCUGCCCCACCCUACCUGAGCUUCCUCAAUACAGCUGGCUGAACUCUGUGCCUGAUGGGUUAUCCAGCACUGAAAUGGAGAUUCGACAGUUUCAAGCUCUGUAUCCAGACUCUGCCCAGAGCCGCAUGUUCUUCUACUUCAGAUCACCUCGUCUCACCAGUUCGGUGCCAGUGGCAUGGAGGACAGACUUUGUGGCAGAAUCCAAAGAAGCUGAAGCUAAAAUGAACAGCCUGAAAACAUGGAUCCGGAACAAUGACUUCAAAGUGGCAGAAAAUUAUCCCUGUGAAUGGGGUGGGGUGGUGGAUGGAACGCCCUAUCUGAAAGGCCUGGAGGACUUUGGGAAGGCGGCGCUGGUGGAUAUCUGGGAAGCCAUACAGCAGCUCUUUGUGAAGGAGACAGAUGAAGAUGUGGCCUCAGAGAUUAAGGAACAGGAAGUGCAUCAGGAUGCCCAACAGCGGCAGUUUCACGGCAGGGCAAAGCUUAUUUCUAUGGCAACAGCAAAAGUUCAAGAAUGUCAGCAAAAAGGAGGAGUUCUGAUGGUUGAAGGAAAUCCUGGAGAGGGCAAAACUGUGUUCAUGGCUGCCCUGUCCCAGGCACUCAAAACCUCUGUCAAAAACAAGAAAGCCCCUCUGUGUGAUGUCAUAUCCUAUUCCACAGAUGCUAGCCAGUCAGCUUGCAGGAUUGUGCAGCUUCUUCGCUGUCUUGUUCAAUGGCUGAGGAAAAGAAAAGACGAUGUGGAGUUGCCUCCAAACACAUAUUAUAAAGACUUGUUGUCUGAGUUCCACUUGAACUUGAAUGAGUUUAACAAAAAGAAGCCAUUGGCAUUGCUUGUUGAUGGGGCAGACCAUAUCCAUGAUGGUCGAGGUCAAAGGGUGUCAGAAUGGAUCCCACAGCACAUCCCUAAAGGUGUCUGUUUGGUCCUGAGUGUUACUUCAGAAUCAUCCCUACGAAACACUCUUAGUAAAAGUAAAGGUACUGUGUCAUUUCCACUGGGGCAAUUAUCUUUUUCUGACAAGAACGAGAUUGUGCAGAAGCAGCUUGUUGAGUUUGGAAAGAAACUGAGCGAUUAUGCUUUCAAUAAACAGCUUCAGACACUGCUGAUGAAGAAAGGCUCUGUGAGUCCACUCUACCUCCGUUUGGCUUGUGAGGAGCUUAAGAAUUAUGCCUCCUUUGAGAAGAUGAAGGACAGCCUCCAGUCUCUUCCUCAGUCAGUUGGUAAGCUGGUGCAGCACAGUCUGCUGAAGCUGCAGAAUCAAUAUUGCAGAGCAGAUCUGGGAUGGGCAUUAGCUUCACUUGCCAUCAGCUCUACUGGACUGCGGGAGAGUUCUCUUUACACUAUACUGAACAUGUGCAAUGAUUUAAACUCCAGAGGUGGGCUGGUGACAUGGCAGGAAAUUCUCCAUAUAGCGAGGCAUCCAGAGAGCCGUGUUCCCAUGGCAGUAUUCUCUCAGCUGGCACGAACUUUGCACAGCCUAAUUGGACCGUCCCAUGGUCAGGGCUCAGACGACCUCCUGAUUUUGACCCAUCCAGAGGUGAAGUCAGCCUUUGAACAUCUGUAUCUGUCUACUGAGGAGAGUAGAACCAGAAGUCAUCUGAUAAUUGCAGCUCACCUUUGGGUGCAGUCAAAUCCUCAGGGCAAAGACACAUUUCUUCACUCUGAUGCUGAUAUUCUGUCUCAACUCCCUGCACACCUGAUGGGCAGUAAUCAGUGGGAGACUUUGUGUUUUCUGCUGUCCAGUUACUGCUUCCUCUAUGCUAAUGUGCGGCAUGGACUUAUUCACCAACUUCUGGAGACCUACAUUUUGUUUGCCCAAAAAUAUGAGACCCAUCAGCUCCAAUUGAAAACUUCAACAGAUAACAUGAAGGAUUUUGAAGACUGUCUGAGUUUUCUGAAGCGUCACAGCCUUCUCUUCUCCCAGUGGCCUGCUCUCUUUGUACAAACGGCUCUUAAUGAACCAUGUGACAGCUCUGCCCAUUUGUGGGCGGAAAGCAUGACGAGAAAUGGAGGAGUACAUACUGUAAAAUGGCUAAACUGCACAGAUGCAAUAAAAAACGAAGCCAGUGAGCUGGUUUCCACCUUCCACUCUGAGCCGAGUUGUGUGGGGGUGAGUCCUGAUGGAAAACUUGUGGCAGUUGGAACCGGAAACGGAACAAUUCACUUCCUGCAUACAGAGACUGGACAGGAAGUGAAGUCAUUGAUGAGCAGUGUUGAUGGCAUUUCUAGUUGUGCCUUCCUUGGGGAGGAGCUUUUGGUAACAACCUCAUUUGAUGGGCAGGUGGAAGUGUGGGAUGUUGCAAGUGGUUGCAGAACUGCCCAUGUGAAUGCUCACUCCAGCAAGAUCACAGGAUGUGAUGUCAGUCCAGACAGAAAACUCUUUGCUACUGUCUCACUAGACUUAAACUUGAAGGUGUGGUCAGCGCAGAAGAGCACAGAGGUGGCUUCUCUCAUGAAUCCCUCCCCUCUGAACUGUGUGAACUUUGACCUUGAGGGUCAGCUCGUGGCAGUGGGAUGCUGGGAUGGAGCCGUUCGUUUGUGGAACUGGCUUGAACAGAAAAAUGUUACGACUCUGUUAGGUCAUCAGAGUUCGGUGCGGAGUCUGUCUUUCUCUCCCUGCUCCUCCAUGUUGUGCUCAGGCUGUCUGUCAGGAGAAGUGCGGCUCUGGUCAGUGGCAGCAGCUGCUUGUGUGGGCAGUUAUUAUGCUCACCAUGGCUCCACGCAGUCACUAAACUUCCUGCAGGGAGGAAACCUCUUGCUGAGCGCUGGACAUGACAGUGUGGUUCAUGUAUGGUCUGGUGGUCUUGGGAAAACUGUUGCUGUAUUGGGAGAAGAAAAGCAAAAGCGCACCAGACGUGGAAAUGAGGAUGAAGCUAAUGCUCUGUGUGUGGCUGUAGCCGGUGGAUACGCUGCUGUGGGUUACCAGAAUGAUGGUAUCAGAAUAUUCAGUUUGAAAUCAGGAGAGAAGGUUUGGUCCAGUGAGGACCUUCCGGUGUCCAUGCUCUGCCUCAUGUGGAUGGAGGCCAAAGAAACAGAGCUUCUGCUGUCGGGGGGCAUGGACCACCGUCUCAGGGUCUGGGAAAGUCAAGGAGAAAAUCCAGAAAAUCUUGUGUUGGUAGGAUCUUUUGGCGUGCAGAAGGGACCUAUUCUCGCCCUGGCUCAAAACUCCACCUGUGUAGCUUCUGCGUCUGAUGACUUCACUAUUGCUCUGUGGUUGAAGGAUAUGUUGACUUCUAAGCCCUGGAUUGACCCAAAGGUGAUGUGUAUUCUGAGAGGUCACAAUGGAGGGGUCACAUGCCUUGCUUUCAGUCCUGAUGGGAAAGAGUUGCUGUCAGGAGGAAAAGAUCAGGCUUUGAUGAUAUGGAAGGUAAACGCUUCUCCUCCAGUUCUUUCCCAGUCCAUUUCCAAUUGCCAUGGAGACUGGAUUACAGGAUGUGCUUGGACAUCAUCUGCUGUGCUCAGCUGCUCCAGUAAGCUGCGGAUGUGGGAUAUCCAAACAGGACGUUUGUUGAGAGAGAUCCUCUCUAGUUCAUCGCUGAGCACAUUGUGCUGUUGGGAGGAUUAUGUAAUGGCAGGCUCCACAGAUGGACUGCUGAUGGUUUGGAAGUGGGAAUCAGGGGUAGAAAUCACCAGGAUCCAGGCCCACAAGUCACGUCUCCAUCACUGCACUGUUGUCUCAGAUCUGGAAAAGAAUUUGAAACCAGAAGACUUACUGGUAGCUUCAGCAUCAGAAGAUGGAACUGUUAAACUCUGGCAUCCACUGCAGGUACAGCAUCACAACACUCUGCAUGGACACAGUGCAGAAAUCCAGUCUUUAGUGUGCAAAAAGACCGGACCGCCGGAGUUUCUCACUGUCUCAGCUGAUCGUUCCCUCAGGUCAUGGAGCGUCACCACAGCAAUGGAAACCCCUCGCUGCCAGAAAGGCAUUGUCAGAGUUGUGUACUUCCUGGGUACUGAUGAUCUCAUGGUGUGUGGUUAUGACACAGGCAGAUUGGAGAUAUGGCAUCAGAAUUCAAUAGUUUACUGUAAGAAGGUCAGUGAUGGCAGCUUAUGUGCAGUCACUGGGAUGCCGGACGAUGAGCUGGCGGUCAGUUGCAGCGACUGCUCUGUCUGUAUCUGGAAGCUGGAGCGGGACUCCAAGAAGUGCAUUAUGGGGCUCGAUAAGGUGUCUUCAUACAAAGUGGAGUCUCCUUUGAGCUUUUUGUUUUACUGUGGCAGUCUGUUUGGAGUGUAUAUGGGUGGAACAGUCACUGAUGUGCUCUCUAGUAAAGCAGCUUAUAACUGGUUAAGAAGGGUAUGUCCUCUCGGCGUGAUGGCGAAUGACAGCAAGAGCUUUUGGCUGUUGGGCCAGAAACAGGGCGUUCUGUACGUUGGCCUCGUUUUGUCUCUGAAUCCGAGUGUGUCAGACUUCUUCUUAGCCUUUUGUGAUGAUGCGGCACAUGGCAGACAACAACAAAGACAGAGCCAUGUACAGCAUCACAACACUCUGCAUGGACACAGUGCAGAAAUCCAGUCUUUAGUGUGCAAAAAGACCGGACCGCUGGAGUUUCUCACUGUCUCAGCUGAUCGUUCCCUCAGGUCAUGGAGCGUCACCACAGCAAUGGAAACCCCUCGCUGCCAGAAAGGCAUUGUCAGAGUUGUGUACUUCCUGGGUACUGAUGAUCUCAUGGUGUGUGGUUAUGACACAGGCAGAUUGGAGAUAUGGCAUCAGAAUUCAAUAGUUUACUGUAAGAAGUUGGAAAUGUCAGAGUGA